GAAAUUAUUUAAUAUUUAUUUGUGAUGCAGACAUCUUGAACUGACAGGUAGUUACCUCCGCUCUGCUGUUUCCCGCUGACAGUUUAUUCAAAAUUUCACCGAAAUUUACAGCGCAAAGUGAUUAAUUCUCAAGAGAAAUGGGAUUUUGCAAAAGCCCUGGCAGAUGUACUUUCUUUUUUUUUUUUUCUUAUCUACAGAAAGCAAUCCACUGAUAUUGACAUUCAAAUAAUCUAGCUUUGUUGAGAAAAUAUUUUAAUCACUUUAAACGUGUUGAACGCUUUUUAUUUUUCUGAUGGCCAGCUGAUAUUCACAAUCACGUUUUCAGCCGCCUAAACUGACGCAAGGCCAUUUCACAUGCCACCAUUAUAACACUGAAUAGUUUUCGGUUUUGGAAGAAAUCAAUGACAAACGGAACAAUACCGACCUUUUAUCGCCUGGCGCAUAAACAAUACAUGAGUUUUUUUUUUUAAAGCGCACUAUUGACGCAAGUCGGUUCUUAUGUGCAUGUUUCGGCAAACUAGAGCAAAAUGUUCUAAUGGAUUUGGGGAAACGAGCGGUAUGUGCGUAAAACGAAAUUGAAUACUCAAUAACAAAAAGAACGAUAAUCUCCCAAGAUUUUGAAAAUGCCUUGAUAUCUGAAAUAUCUCAUGUUAUUCAAAUGAUAUAUAUUUAAAAAUUUGUCAAUGACUUAUAUGAAUUUGCCCCGAGGACAAUGGUUUGAUAUUUGACAAAUCAGCUGAAAUAAUCACCCUUACACAUUGGCGAGUUCGAACAUUAAGUAAAUGGUUCAGUUUUGAGCAACCUCUUGAUAUGCGAGACAAAAUAGAGCUCAACUAUUGAAGCUAAUAUAAAGCUGAUUUUCAAGGUGAUAACACCACAGAAGGCACAUUCUACGCAAGCUCCAUAAUCGCCAUUACCGUAUACAUGUGUUUACUGGCGGACGAAGUUUUUACUCAGAGGAAACGAAACCUAACCGAUUCUGAGAUAAACUAUCGAAGCAAUUUGUCGUCAAUAUGAACAACACGACUUUACAAGAAGAAGAAGUCUGCUUCAAAGUGGACAUUUUCCCGCUGUUUGCGUUCGGCUUCGUUGUCAACAUACUCGCUCUUAUUGCGGUGCUGAAGGCGAAGCCAAGAGAUUCAACUCCAAACGGAGCCAAGCAAAUUCAUAUCUUAAUCUGUUGCCUCGCAGGUUCGGACACCACAUCCUUGGGAUUGCAAUGUUUGAUGCCAUUAGCUUCGUUUAUAAACUGUGGUUGGUGGGGCGGCAAAAUUACUUGCAGCCUUUUCGGUUUCGUCAACGCCAUUUUAAUUUUGUGGUCCGCGUGGAUUGUGGCUUUAUUGAGUUUUCAGAGAUUCCUCGUCACUGUGUUUCCUUUCCAACACCAAAGUACCUUUACAACGAAAAAAAUCAAGUCGGCCUUAAUUUAUUUAUUUUUCAUAGUCGGUUUGUUCGUAUCUCCGCCUUUUUUCGGUGUUGGGGAGUUUGUCUACUACGAAACUGGCCAGUUUUGCAGCCUAAGUUUAACACCAACUGGGCUACCAGACACAAUAUUUCUUGGCAUUCUCGUCACCCAGGGUUUGGCUUGCGUGGUCUUAGUCCUGGGUUUUAAUAUUCACGUAGUUAUUUCGCUAAAGACCAGGAGGUCUAAAUUUCACAGGCAGACGGUACGAGCGAUGGAUGAUUCAAGCUCGACCUUUGUUUCCUUGACGAAAAAGGUCGCUCUGGUAUUCUGUUUGUGCAACACACCUCUAUUGAUUCGCAUGGCAGUCGACUUAGGAAAGCAGACAGCACUAGAAGAACUUGGCUUAGAACACACCAUAACAAUGGCCUUGAUGUUUGCAAACACUUUAGCGAAUCCUUUUAUCUACGUGGCUUGUAGAAAGCGCUACAGACAUAGCCUUCAAAAACUUCUUUGUUUUCAGCGCUGUAAUGGGUCCGGAGUUGUUCCCAGUAAUUCAGUCUUCAUUGAGGUUGCAGAACUGAAAGCUGCUCAUAGACAGAAGAUUUCCACAGGAGACACUGUCUUGUGAAUAAUUCUCAGUUUGAAUAAACCAUGUUUGAAAUCUCUGAAACUGGUUAUUUUUUACGCCGGUUCAUCCGAUUGGGAGGCGAAGUGGCCUCAUGGUUAGUGCGCUCGUCUCCGGAUCGAGCGAUCUGGGUUCGAGUC